ACUAGGUAUACACAAAUUAUACAAAGAACAAGCAGAGUGUCUUUGUAAAAUAUUUUUAAAUGACGAUAUAGAAAAUAAAAUAAAAAAUGGCAUUUAUAUGAACGAUGGAAAUAACGAGGAAUAUGUAUCAAAUGAAAAUACACAUUAUAAAAGUAAUGUAGAAGGAAAUACAGAUUUUUCAAUGAAUUUAAAUUUUUUUUGUGAUAUGAAUAUUGUUGAAAUGAAGAAUAAAAAUUACACACCUGUGAAAAAAGAAGAUCUUCAAACUGAUGAAUUUACAGAUCAAAUUAAAAGUGAUAUAACGUUUGGUAGGAAUAAUAAAAAUGGUGAUAAUACUGCUAACUAUAUGGAUGAUAAAAUAAAGUCAUAUACAAAUGAUAAUAUACAUCAAAAUAUACAUCAAAAUAUACAUCAAAAUAUACAUCAUAAUACACGUGAUAAUACAAAUGAAUGUUCUAAUGAAGAUACUAACGAAUACAAUCUUAGCAGUAGCCAUUCUAAAUGUGAUACAUUUGAUAAUAUUGAAAAUUCAUCUUAUAAAAAAAUGUCACAGAUAUGUAAUCUGAAUAAUAAUCAGAGUCAUAAAUUUUAUAACAAUUUCUUAUUUAAAAUACCUACAGGUAUGGGCAAAACAUUAAUUUAUGAUAUUCUUAUUAUUCGUCAAGUUUUAUAUAAAGGAUUUAGAGUAAUUUUAACCUUACCAACUUUAUCUCUAAUUAAUGAAAAAUAUGAAUAUUAUGAUAAAUUAUUUGGUGAUAAAACAGUAUCUUUAAAUAUUAAAAAAUUUAAUAGUAAUGAUUUUACAGGAUACUCAUAUAGUCUAUCAACAGAUUUGGCUUUAUGCACAUUUGAACAAGCUAAUACCAUUUUAAGUAUUAUUAUUAAAAAUAAUUUAAAAUUUAAUUAUUUAUUUAUACUUGAUGAAAUUCAUUAUAUUAAUAAUCAAAAGAGGGGAUUUUAUAUUGAAUCCUUGCUAACCAAAAUUAAAUAUAUCCAAAAAAAUUUUAGUCACAUUUAUAAUAUUAAGGCAUAUGGUUUUUCUGCGACCCUUUCCAACAUUGACCAGCUAGCUGAAUGGUUAGAAGCCAAUGUGUAUGAAAGCAAAACAAAAUUACAACAAAUAAAAUACCUGUAUAAAAUAGACAACUCAUUAUACAAGGAUAUAAACAAAAAGGAGGUGGAGAGAACGUUGGAAAAUUGUAAUGUGUUGGAUCCGAACCAUUUGGGAUAUAUGAUGAGUGAAGAAUUUAUUUUAAAAAAAAAUGUUUUAAUAUUUUGUCCAUCAAAAAAUAAGAGUGAACAGACUGCAUCAUUUAUAAGUACUAUACUUCCAUAUUAUUUGAAUAAGAGGGAAUAUAAAAUAAAUAUGGAAUUAAAAGAGAAGAGGUUUAAAUUAUUAAAGGAUUUGAAAGAUUUGACAAUAAAAGUAGCAAACGUUGAAAAGAUGAUUAUGAAUGGAAUAUUUUAUCAUCAUUCAGGUUUAAAUAUUAAUGAGAAGAGUCUUAUUGAAAAUUCUUUUAGGAAUAAUAUAUUAUUUUGUUUGUGUUGUACAACAACAUUAUCAGUAGGGAUCAAUAUGAAUAUUCAUACUAUAAUAAUUCGUAGUUUAAAAUUAGGAAAAUCUUUUAUAACAAAAGAUGAAAUUACACAGAUGGCUGGACGAUGUGGAAGAUCUCAGAAAAAAAUGUAUGAUAGUACUACAAGUUGUAAAAAUUUGGAUGACAGUACAAAUAAAAGUUUUAUGACAACCCCUGAUAGAAGAUAUAGUGAUUCAAGUGGCUUACCUCCUAUAUUAGAUUAUGAUUAUGAUUGUGAUGGCAAAGUUAUCAUAUUUGUAUCUAAUGCAGAAAAACAUUAUUUAGAAAAAAUAUUAUAUGAUGAAGAAGAAACAUCUAAAUUAAAAACUACAUUAAAUAAUUUCCAAAUGUGUAAAUUUUUAUUAGAUUUUAUACAUUUGAAAUUAAUAAAAACGAAAAAGGAAAUGUUUGAUUUUUUAUAUUUAUAUAGUAUCAAAUUUUUUAAGGCAAAAAGUAUGGAAGGCGCCAUAAAUAAUGGUAUUGAUAAUAAUGAUAAUAAUAAUAAUAUUGGUAAUAAUGUGAGUGAGAAAAUUCUCAUCGAUGUUAAACAAACCUUUCAAUAUUUAUUUGAAAAUAAAUUAAUUACUAUUCCAUAUGAACAAGAAAAGAAUUAUUAUGAACAUGUAUUUAAUAAAAUAUUCAAUAUUAAUUUCUGUGAUAUUAAUAAAAUAUUUGAUUUCCAAUAUAUUAAUCAGACUAUUAAUCCUAAUAUAUUAAUGAAAUAUAAUAUAACACAAAAAAUUACCAUUUUUAAAAAAUUAUAUCAUAAUUAUAAAGGAAAAAAUAUUUCUGUUGAUAAACAAACAUCAUUUUUCACUUUACCAUUUAUAACAAUCUUAUUAAUAUUUAAAGAUAUUGAAUUCAAUAAAAACCUAUUCCAAAAUUUAUAUGUUGAAUUUAUAAAAUAUCUUUUCCUUAUCAAUAUAAAUCUUCAACAAUAUGAUCUUUUUAUAUAUGAUAUAUUAAAUGAUGAUGAUCCAAUUGCAUGUACAGAAUUAUUUUCGUAUGUACAGUCAGCAUCAAGUAUUAUGGAGUUUAUAUUUAAUUACUCAAUAGUAAAAUAUAUAUACGUUAAAGGGCUUCCACCUGAUGUUUUACUCAUGAUCUUUGCCUUCUGCAUAAAUUCCGAAAUAAAUUUAAAAAUCCACUUUGAUAUAUAUGAACAAAUACUUAUGUCACAGAAUAAAAAUAUCAAGAACAUUUUUCAGUUUUUUGGUCUGAACGUUGAAAAGUUAAAAAAUUUCGAGUUAAAAAAUGUUGAUGAUCUUUUCGAUGCUUCUGCAAGCAUUAUAAAGGGAAAAUUAAAUAUUGACCAGAUAUAUGAAAAUUUGGAAUGGAUAAAAAUUAAGAGAUUUUAUUAUGCAAUGAUUAUUUAUGAUUGUUAUAAUGAUGACGUAUAUCAAGUCGCCAAAAAGUACCGAUUAAAAUUAAAAGAAAUCAAAACUGUAUAUUUAAGAUGUAUAUUUAAUCUUUCUUACAAUUGUCGAAUCCUAAAAAAUUUUAAAAACUCUCUGGAUAUAUUCUGUAUUGUUUUAGAAAAUUUGCUGGCGAAAAUGAAGACAAAAAGUUUCCCGUUCAUUUAA